GUAAAAAUAUUGCCGUCGCUGUCUUCACGCGCAUCUGUCACUACGAAGCAGUGUUCUUUCAUGUAGUUUCAUUUCGUAGCAAAACAAAAUCAUCAUGCAGCCUUAAUAAAUGCAAACGAGAGAACGUCAUGCUGUGUUUCUGUUGCUCAUGAAAAUGUUUCUGAAACGUCUGUGUAUUUGACAAAUAUUGCAUUUAAUUCACUUUAUCCGUGAUAGAGUUUGUAAACACAGCGUAAGCGUUCUACCGGGAACUGAAGCGUCCGACUUGAUUCCGCUUUCAAUUUCACCCCCGACUGCAUAAAGUCGAACACGGCUAAUAUCUUAAUCUGCCAUUGGAUGUACCAUGACCGCCUGAUUACGUAAAUAAUUAUAUAUUGUAUAGACUACAAAGGUCAGGUUUUACAGGUUUAUAAGCACCGGCACAUAAAGGAGCCACUUCUAGUGCAUAGUGCGCUACUAUCUUAUCACCUGUGCAAGUUUUUGUGCGAGAAGUUGCUAUUUGUUCUUACAACUACAUUUAUACAUUUUCAGCUUUUCUCUCUCUAAACAGCUCAACAAAGCAGUCAGAAUGAGCUGUUGUUCUGGACGAGAAAAUGCCAAAGUUGUAAUUGUAGGUUCAGGUUUUGCAGGGUUGGCCGCUGCAGCCACGCUGGUGAAGGCAGGAUUUGAAAACAUCCUGGUUCUUGAGGCGAAGGAAAGAGUUGGAGGUCGAGUGCACACCACUAAACCCUUCACUGAGAACAUCAUUGAAGUUGGAGCGAACUGGAUCCACGGACGGAAAGGAAACCCCCUGUACAAGAUUGCAACAGAGGAGAACCUGCUAUGCGAGGGACCUUCUGCAUCUAAAAACAUGUGCCUGCCCCGUUCUGUAACCCCUCAAGAUUACUUUUUCAAAGAAGACGGGAAGCAGGUCUCCACAAAGCUUGUAGAUCAGGUGUGUUCGCAUUUCAGCAAGCUUACUGACAAAGCUUUUGAUGAUGAACUCAAGCAGAAGCACAGGAACCUAAGUCUGGGUGCUUAUCUAGACGAUGCCUUUAGUGAAUUUCCUCUAGCGGCGACAGAAGACGGCCAGCAGGUUUUUGAAUGGUGCAAGAGGACUGAAUGCACAGACGAAGCUUGCUCUAGCCUCUAUGAGGUGUCUGCAUCUCAGAUUAGCUAUUACACUGCUUUAGAGGGAGGAUUUUUUAACACUUUGGGACCCGGUGGCUAUCAAGCAAUCUUAGAUGUCCUCCUGAGAGAUCUACCUUCAGGAACCAUCCAGUGUAGUGCACCUGUCAAGAGCAUCCGAUGGGAUUUGGUCAGAAAAGGCCAUUGUGAAGACCAAAGGUAUCCAGUUCAGGUCGUUUGUGCAAAUGGACAGAGCUUUGAAGCAGACCAUGUGAUUGUCACCGUUUCUCUCGGGGUUCUCAAAGACAAAGCUACGACCAUGUUUGAACCACCCUUACCGAAAAAAAAGCUGUCUGCGAUUGAGAAUAUUGGCUUUGGCAUAGUAGACAAAAUAUUCCUGUUUUUUGAGAAGAGUUUCUGGCCAGAUGACUGUGCCGGGGUGCAGGUGGUGUGGAAAGAGGGGCCUGAAGAUAAAGAUGUUUACGAGUCUCAGUCUGGAGGAGAAGCCUGGAAAAAGACUUGGUUCAAGAAGAUCACUGGUUUUGAUACAGUGGCCCGUUAUCCUACGGCUCUGUGUGGCUGGAUCACAGGUAGAGAAGCACUGUAUAUGGAGAAUCUUCAGGACAGGGAAAUAGGAGAUAUCUGUGUAAGGCUGCUCAGGUCUUUCACAGGCUGGUCAGUGCCAGAGGUCUCACAGACGCUGAUCUCCAGAUGGGGUUCUGAUUCUCACGUCCGUGGCUCCUACACAUUUAUUCCUGAUGGUGUUGAUGGGGUGAAAGCACACAAAGCAUUAGCGUCACCUCUUCCACCUAAAGAUAAAUGCAGAGGGAGGAAGCACCUUCAGGUGUUGUUUGCUGGUGAAGCUACACAUGUGAACUUCUACACCACGACCCAUGGAGCGUAUCUCACAGGGGUCAGAGAAGCAGAACGACUCAUAAGCUAUUACACUGAUUGAGCAUACAGUCCCAAAGAGAGGAAAAUAUACACUUUGGGUCAUAAAGAUAGCAUUUUAUGAAUGUAUAACAUUUCAUAGAUUUCCUCUCACACCCUACAGACUUACACAAGUUUGGUGUUUGAAAGACCCAUAGGUAGUUUAAAGCUGCCUGACAAACAUCAUUAACUGUGAAUGUUUACAUCCAGCUGGUCGUGGUACCAUACAUAUAUCUAUCCUGUUAAUUAUUAAACAUCUCUGUGUUGUACUCCAAGCAAUGUUAAAUAAUAGUUUCUUAAAAAUUGAAUGUGAUUGCAUUCAUUGACGUAAAUGAAUUAAAUGAAGUAAACAGGUGGUUAUUAAGUGGUAUGUAUACAGUGCCCUCAGGGGUUAUUCAGCAUGAUCUAUGACAAUUUAAUAAUGAUCAACAUAAAAAGUAAACAACUUUUGAUUUUGUUUGCAAUGACAGUGUCUUGAUUUAAAUGAACAGUUUAUCUGGGAAUAUCUUUAUUUGAUCAUUUCAAUGAAUAAACUACAGACAAUCAAAUGUUUGGA